AUGAGGGAGGUGAAAACAUUCAUCACAGACACAGCAGAAAACUUGGCCGGCGAAGCCACUACGACCCCCCCUCCCACCCCCGCCGGGGAGGGGCUUCGGGAACACUCGAGCGGGGACGCCACCAACUGCGACUCUGGCGCGAGCUUCCAAAGAACCAAACGCCGGAGGAGCAGAAGGCGGUUGGAGGAGCGCAGCAGCAGAAGGCUCGUGCGCCCUCAGGGCUCUUCCACAAUCCUGGAGGAGUUGGAGGAGAAGGUUCGGGAACUGGAGGAGGCGAUAGGACGGAAGGAGGAGGAACUCCGUCUGGCUGACAACGAAGCCAGCGAGCUCAACCAACAGCUGCAGUCGCGGGAUGCUGCCCUCACACUCAAGGGUGAAGAGGUGGAGCAUCUGAACAGUACGCUGGCUAGUCUCCGUCAGCAGCUCAUGCAAACCGUGGAGGACUACGAGCGUGCGAGGAUGUCCUUAGAAGCGAAGCACAAGGUUGACCUAGAAGAGUUAACGCAGCGAAUGGAGCAGCUGACAAAGGAGGCCGAGAACCUGGCUGCCAGAGGAACACUCAAGGACAGCAUAAUCUCCACUCUCGCUUCUCAGAUCCGAGCCAUCCUCAGAUCAGGCAAUAUGAGUGUAGUCAUCAACCAGCUGCGUCGCCUAGGAGAGGGUGACCCAUGUGGGGAGUCACCAGCCGAGGGCACACAGGGUCACCGCCCACCACCAGCCCGAUGCCCUCUGUGCCGGACUUCGAUGUUGAUGCUGUCUGCUCCUUCCUCAGUCAACCCAAUGAGCAAAAACCAACAUUCCUCCACUAGUAAUAUGGCUUAUUUGUCUCAGUCCGCCAUCUCGAACGGGACGGAGCCAUCUAGUCACGUGACCCUGCAGUCUGAUGUCUCUUUAGCUCUCUCUGCGACAGAGCUCAGUGGUCACGUGACCUGCCACGGCUCUUCUUCAUUGGCUCAACGUAGAAAGUCUCGCAUACCACGAUACAUGCCCUCUUCUGUGCCCAGUGCAAAACCCGCAUCUAAGCCAGUGCGUAUGGUUAAGCCCGAUGUUGUGCCUGAACAGUCCGUAAAACCAGAGGCAGAGCCGGUGCAAUUUGUAAAGCCUGCACCGAGCCCUGCCCCUGCGAGCAGACCUGUGUCAGUGCACACGAGAAUUGCAGAACCUACGCCAGAACCUAGGCGGGAGUUCAAGCAAACUCCAGCAAAACCUCCACCUAUGUUGAAGCCCUUGGCGACCUCUACUCCAGCAAAACCCACGGGCAGAAAGGACUCGACCAGACGAGAGCGGCCGGGAAGGUUUCUCUCCGACGCGCGGAAGGUCAAGCGGAUGGUGACUGGCGUGGCCCCGUUGGACGCAGCGGUAGACUGCUCAUCAGCCCCAGAGUGGCGGAGCGGUCCCCAUCUCAACGCCGUCAGACGUGGAGGCCACGUGCGUCCCGCGCCCGCAGAACCUGCACAUCACGCGGCGAGUCGGCGUUGACGGUGUUUCAUCGCGUGGGCGCCCUUGGACCAUGAUUGUGUCGCUGGGUUCCAGGUCCUUGUGGGAGGACGGGUUGUACAGCAUGUCAGGUCCCCUCACCGCA